CUGCCUCGCCAACGGAGCAGGCGGAGCGCCGCCCUCAGGAGUGGCGAGCGGCCUGGAAAACCCUGUGGAGUCAGCGUUGCCGACUCGGUUUCCUCGACAGCUCCUUUAGCCAGGGAAUGGGAAGACCUGCAAGCGCCGCGGGGCCCUCGAUGGCGUAAGCAGGAACCGCGCACCGGCUGCUGCAGCGUCCCUUUUCCUUACCCUCACUCGCAGUCCCAGACUGGAGGGACCCGCCGGCGCCCUGAGCCCCAGCCCCUACAUUGUUCUUUAUCUCCUGGUGAUUCCAGACCAGCUGAGAGGGAACCUGAAGCUGUAGAGGGGACUGCAGGACAUGGACUGCAGUAUAAAAUCCAGAAGCCAACUUGAAGCUUUAACCAUUGACCCAUUUUAUAGGAUGUCUCAUGCAUUUGUGGACCAAAAGAUGGAGUUGGUUUUACUCUUUAAUAGUGUGAUAUUGCUAUAAAUACUCACUUGAUGAAGAUGCAUCAGCCAGACUUGUUGGGACUGCUAGUCAUCUGUGAAACCUUUUUCAACUACGGUUUCUAAGUAUCAAAGAAUAUUGUGUUUAAAAUGGCACAAUGAUUUAUUUUGUCUGAGGAUUGCACCUUUUGUAGGCAACAGUUGGAUUCCAGUUACACUCUUAUCAGAGUAAUUAAUAUCAUUCAAUCUUGAUAAACUUAAUUUUGAAGAAUUUUAUAUGUAUAAACAGCACCAAAAGAUGGGAGAAAAAAAUGGUGAUGCAAAAAGUUUUUGGAUGGAGCUAGAGGAUAAUGGAAAAGUGGACUUCAUAUUUGAAAAAGUACAAAAUGUGCUGCAGUCACUGAAACAAAAGAUCAAAGAUAGAUCUGCCACAAAUAAAGAAUACAUCCAAGCAAUGAUCCUAGUGAAUGAUGCAACUAUAAGUAAAAAUUCAACAUUGAAAAAGAAUCAUACAUCUGUGACGCAGAGUGAACAGGAAAACAAGUCAAAUGAAUUUCCUUCUACAUCAUACAAAGACUUCUUUCCAAAAGACUGUACAUUUCUAUCUAUAGAAAAUAAUGCAGUUUUCCCUCUGGAAAAUAAAGUUGUAGACUAUAGAGAGAGAAAAUCACCUAUGAAUUUAUCUUACCAAAGUCAUGACUGUUCUGGUGCCUGUCUGAUGAAAAUGCCAUCAACCAUCAAGGCAGAAAACCCUCUGCAACUACCAAUCACAUGUCACUUCCAAAGACGACAUGCAAAGACAAACUCUCAUUCUUCAGCACUUCAUGUGAGUUAUAAAGCUCCUUGUGGAAGAAGUCUGCGGAACAUAGAGGAAGUCUUUCGUUACCUGCUUGAGACCGAAUGUAACUUUUUAUUUACAGAUAACUUUUCUUUUAAUACUUACGUUCAGUUGACUCGGAAUUACCAAAAGCAAGAAGAAAUUGUUUCUGAUGUGGAUAUUAGCAAUGGUGCAGAAUUAGUACCCAUUUCUUUCUGUAAUGAAAUUGACAAUAGAAAGCUUCCACAGUUUAAGUACAGAAAGACUAUGUGGCCACCAGUGUAUUAUCUGAACAACUUUUCCAACAUGUUUACUGAUUCCUGUGACUGUUCUGAGGGCUGCAUAGACAUAACAAAAUGUGCAUGUCUUCAGCUAACAGCAAGGAAUGCCAAAACUUUUUCCUUGUCAAGUGAUGAAAUAACUACUGGAUAUAAGUAUAAAAGACUGCAGAGACAAAUACCUACUGGGAUUUAUGAAUGUAGCCUGUUGUGCAAGUGUGACCCACGAAUGUGUCAAAACCGAGUUGUCCAACAUGGUCCUCAAGUGAGACUACAGGUGUUCAAAACUGAGAAGAAGGGAUGGGGUGUACGCUGCCUAGAUGAUAUUGACAAAGGGACAUUUGUUUGCAUUUAUUCAGGAAGAUUACUGAACAGAGCUAACUCUGAGAAACCUAAUGCUACUGAUGAAAAUGGAAAAGAGAAUAUUAUGAAAAAUAUGUUUUCAAAAAAGAGGAAAAUAGAAGUUGCACAUUCAGAUUGUGAGGCGGAAGUUGGCCCAUUAGAAAUGGAAACACAUCCUAGAAGUGCUAAAACUGAGAACUGUCCACCUAACCUCAGUCAUAAUCCAGAAGAGCCUGUGAUGGAAAUAAGCUGUAAUAAUAUUUCAAGAAUUCAAUAUUAUUCAGUUAUUAGAAGUCCUAAAUCCAAGACAGCUGCUUUUCAAGAGAAUGGAAAAAAGAUGGGAUUUAUUUCCUUGGAUUCUGUCACCUCGGGAGAAAACAAUGGAUUCUGGAAUUGUAAAGCCAGGAGAAAACAAAAGGACUCAAACCAAGUUGGAGAUUCUGAAGAUAACCAGCUACAUGAAUCAGAUGUGAUAGAUAUAACUAAAUGUAGAGAAGAAACUCCACCAGGGGGCAGAUGUAACCCAGCAACCACAUUUGACAAUGAAAAUAUUAAAAAACCGUUUGAGGUUCAAAUUCAAAAGCCCCAAGAAGAAAAAUCUCCAGCGCAUCAAAUCCAUCAGGUCUUGUCUGAAGAGUUGCCAAGUGAAACCAAGAAUACUUCAGGUACUUCUCCAGUGAAGUCCAGUAAAGGGAAUGUGUUUUUAUUGGAUGCCACAAAAGAAGGAAAUGUGGGCCGCUUCCUUAAUCAUAGCUGUUGUCCAAAUCUCUUGGUACAGAAUGUUUUUGUAAAAACACAUGACAGGAAUUUCCCAUUGGUGGCAUUCUUCACCCACAGGUUUGUGAAAGCAAGAACAGAACUAACGUGGGAUUAUGGUUAUAAAGCUGGGACUUUGCCUAACAAGGAAAUCCUUUGCCAAUGUGUCUUUCAGGUUGCAGAAAGGAUGGAAAAAAGGACAUGUGCACUCUGCCCCAAAGGUACCGACUAUAGUGUACUAUACUUUGCACAAUCAGAGAACAUAGCUGCUCAUGAAAAUUGUUUGCUAUAUUCUUCAGCACUUGUAGAAUGUGAGGACCAAGAUCCACUUAAUAAUGAUAGAAAUUUUGAUGUGGAAUCAGUAAAAAAAGAAAUCCAGAGAGGAAGAAAGCUGAAAUGCACAUUUUGUGGGAAACGAGGAGCCACCGUGGGAUGUGAUUUAAAAUCCUGUGCCAGGAAUUACCACUUUUUCUGUGCCAAGAUGGACCAGGCGUUUCCACAAGCUGAUGGAGUUCAAGGAAUUUAUAAAUUGUUAUGCCAACAGCAUGCUCCAAAAUCAGCCAUCACUCAAAGUGCUGACUGUUCAAAAGUGCAAAGAAAAAGAGGAAGGAAAAAACGUCUCUCAACAAGCCUUCAUGCACUGCCCAAUGAGACAAUGCUGUUGGAUAGUUCUGAAAGACAAAUGAAGGAUGAGCCUGGCAAUCACACAGAUACAAUCAUGAAGGUUUCUUUUCUUAAAAAAUGUAAGAAAGCAGGACUUCUUGAUGACUUAUUUGAAAAUAUAUUAGAUGAACUUCAUUUGAUUCAGCAAAAACUCCUGGAUGACACUACUUCAGAAUCAGCCUAUGAAAAAAUUGAAACUUCACUGUUUGACUGUGGAUUGUUUGAAGACACAUUUGCAAAAUUUAAUGCAGCAAUAGAGAAUAAAAUUCAUGAAUCUGAAGAAAGACUGGAGCAGCUAAAAAAAGAAAUCGAGCUACUUCAAGACUUAAAACAUACCCUAUCCUCUUUUCAAGAAAAUGGAGACCUCACAUCAACUACUACUUCAGUGUCCUCCCUGUCUUCCUAAAGUUCACCAUUUCCUAAGCCAGGAAUCAAAU